AUCAAACUGGUCAUACUGACAUUGCUCUUAUCAGAGCCGGCGAAUAAUCUAAUUAAUUAACUUUUGUUCCCUGAAAUUAAUAAUUACUAUUGCUCCUCGCGUAAAGUCAGUUAUUCCGUCUCACAAUGAGGUGGCAUGGGCCCUCCUUCACCUGGUUUCUGGUCCUUCCACUCUUCCUGCUGCAGGUCUUCACCACGGGAGAGGGAAUCCCCGAAAGCCUAGAUGCCAACAAAGAAUGGCCUUUGUUUGAGUAUGGAGAGAUUAAGAAGCCGACACCUACCAAGGGACUGCUGUAUCCCCGUGAGUCGGAGACGCGCGAGGUGCGCAGCCUGGAUGGCAUGUGGCGGCUGGUGAAAAGUAACCCAAAGGAUCCACUUCAGGGCGUUCGCGAGAAGUGGUUCGCUAAUAGCCUGAGGAUGAGUGGACGGAAGGUGAUACCCAUGCCUGUGCCCGCAUCCUACAACGAUAUAGCCACAACGGAUAGCCUGAGGGAUCAUGUGGGCACUGUUUGGUACGAGCGGACGUUUUUUGUGUCCCGCCUCUGGCAGCGUAGCGUCCGGACCUGGUUACGGUUCGGCAGCGUCCACUACUCGGCUUUGGUGUGGAUCAACGGCAAGAAUGCCACUAGCCACUCCAUCGGCCACUUGCCCUUCGAAGCUGACAUAUCCGGAUUGCUGGACUUUGGCGGCGAGAACAGGAUCACGGUAAUGUGCGACAAUCGACUGGGCAACCGCACCAUUCCCCAGGGAUCCGUUUACCAAGCAGUCACAGACAAAGGCCCUGUGCCCGUCCAGAGCUACACCUUUGAUUUCUUCAACUACGCGGGCAUCCAUAGAAGUGUGCACCUAUACACGACACCGUUGCUCCACAUCAGCGACUUGGAGGUGAGCACCCAGUACAGUAGCGACGAAAUGGGUCGCAUAGACUACCGCCUGUGGGUGGAUGCAAGCCAAGCGGCAAAGGAUCGUCAAAUCUUGCCCACGCAUCUCAUGGUAGAGUUGAGGGACCGCGAGGGAUUGGUUGUUGCCCAGCAGAUCAAUAGAGCGGUUUACAACGGGUCUCUGCUGGUGCCCAAUGCCAAGCCCUGGUGGCCGUACCUAAUGAACCCCGAUCCUGGCUACCUUUAUGAUCUGCAGUUUAAGUUAUUUAUCGCCAGCAAUAAGGAGGAGGAUGGCAGUGCUCUGCAGGACGCCUACCGUUUGCCCGUGGGUAUUCGUACUCUGAGCUGGAACAAUCAGAGCCUGCUGCUUAAUGGAGUACCGAUCUACCUGCGGGGAUUCGGCCGUCAUGAGGACUCUGAUAUACGAGGCAAGGGUCUGGAUAAUGCACUUUUGGCCCGUGACUUCAACUUGCUGCAGUGGAUCGGAGCAAAUGCGUAUCGCACCUCGCACUAUCCCUACUCCGAGGAAUCCAUGCAGUUCGCCGACGAGCAGGGUAUCAUGAUUAUCGACGAGUGUCCCGCUGUUAACAUCGACAUCUUUGAGCCGCAACUACUGGAGCAACACAUGUCCUCACUGGAGCAGCUCAUUCACAGGGACAGGAACCACCCGAGCGUCGUCGCCUGGUCAGUGGCCAAUGAGCCGCGCUCCACCAAGCAGGGAGCCCUUAAAUAUUUCGAGGCCUUGGUAAACUACACGCAGAGCAUUGCCCAGGGACGUCCUCUGACGGCUGCCAUAAAUGCCAGUCCUUCGACCUGUCAUUUGGCGCAGUUCCUGGACAUUGUGGGCUUCAACCGCUACAACUCCUGGUACCAGAACUCGGGACGCACGGACAUGAUUGUCGAUUUGCUGACCAAAGAGGCCCAGAGUUGGCGGGAUAAGUUCGGAAAGCCUGUUAUUCAGUUCGAGUAUGGCGGAGAUACAAUGGAAGGCAUGCAUUCGCUGCCGGCUUUCAUUUGGUCCGAAGAGUACCAGGUGCAGCUCUUCUCCAAGCACUUCAGGGCCUUCGACGACCUUCGUGAGAAGCUGUGGUUCAUUGGAGAGUUUGUUUGGAACUUUGCCGAUUUCCGGACGGCGCAGACUAUAACACGCGUUGGUGGAAACAAAAAAGGUGUAUUUACAAGAAAUCGACAGCCCAAGGAGGUGGCUCACAUACUCAGGAAGCGUUACUAUGCCAUCGCCCAUGAGUUGGAUCGUUGCACGCUACCCGAAGACUUAACCGUUUACAUAUCCAGGGAGUACAGGCACAACCGCCACAACGAGCUUUAGUGAUUUUUUAUAUUGAUCUUAGGAUUUCUGCACCGAAGUGAUCUUGAAGCUUUAUAUAAUAUAUAUUUUUUUGACUAGCUUUAUUAUUAGAACUUUACAUAAAGCAGUAUUUUGAAGUCAUUCACCUACUUAUAUGAAAAUUUUAAUAGAAUGCGAAAUCGUAUAUCAAACGAAAAUAUGCAUUUAUCUCAGUUUGAAAAGAAUUGUUGAAUAUUGUGUUGGACAUGUUUUAUUUAAUGUUGAAUUUUUUUGGAUUCAAUUAUAAUAUAUAAUUAUUAUUAUGCCGCUUGGCAAUCAUUGGCUUUUUGACCUUCCUACCU